CGGCGGUCAGUGAGGAGAAACCGGAGAGCUAGAGAGCUGUGAAAUCCGGAGACUCAAAGCCGAGCCGAAUGCAGUCGCCAGUGCGGAGCAGAAAGCCUUGGGUCACGAGCCACCAGCUGCCAGUAACUCGAAGGGAAAAAAUAAUUGCCAUAGAACAGCACUGCUCAAGAAUUAACAAAUAAUUGUACAUAAAUCAUAAAAAUCCCAAUAUUAACCAGAUAAUUGUGUAAACGAGCGGAAUCCCUGUAACUGUGUGAAUUUGCUCCCCCCAAAACUGAAAGGGGAAACCCACUGGCACGUGAUGCAACCAACGUAUGGAUGGGCCCAGUGAUUAAAGUGAAUUUCUGUGGGGUCAGCUAGCCAAAAAUCGAUAGGUUUGUGGCCUAUCCAAGGAACGUGUCCUCCAGCUGGAAACGUGCGCAGCCUGCCGAGUUACCAAUUUUCCCAUUUUGUGGACCCAUAGAAAAGUCGGAGGAAAAUCUCAACCUACGCAGGGUUAUAUAACCGCACAACAUACAACACCGCCCACGCAAUUUUGCAGCUAAAUCGAUAGACUAAAAACCGACAUGACGAGCUUCUAAUUGGAUUGCACGCGAGGGAUUAACCAGCACAGGGAUUAAAGAGGAGGCACCAGUGACCACCCACUUGCUACUUGGAAUUACAGGGUAGUCGAGCGUUGAGAAAUGGGCAAGAAAAAGGUGCCCGUUGAGGACCUGGUGGUUCCGCCGCAGGACACCCGGAUAUGCGGCACCAUAUGCAUCUGCCAGAUGACCCUGGUGCUCAGUUCCGUGGCUCUGGUCUACCUCACGGUUGCCAUAUACAUGCCCUCCACCAGGGCCUUCAAAAGCGGCAUUGAUCCCACGCCGGUUAUGUGCACCACCACACGGGCGGUGAACAAGGACAACUGCGAGUGGGGCAGCUGUGGCGAGUGGUGUCUGAGCAAGACUUCCGGAGCCUGCAUCCAGAUCUACGUGAAUCUACGUAGCAAUGGCAGCAAUCUCAUAUUCCAGAACUGCACCAACUCGGCCAAUAAAACGUGCUACGGCAUCGACCAGGAUCGGGCGGACAAGGCCAGGUGCAUCAAUGAUGAGUGCAAGAAUCUCACGGGAACCUUCAACUGCACCGCUGGCCAGUGCCUGAACAUCACGGAUGCCUUCGAGUGUAUCUUCCACAAUAGUGAUGCGCCAGUCAAGUGUUCCGGCAGGCGGGGAAAGAUCAACUGCAUGGACAUCAGCGGAUUGUACUCCUGCAGUCGAGGAACCUGCCGGAAGAUCAGGACGCCCUACAACUGCGACCGGAGGUGUGUGGACAUACCCACCCGGAACAAGAACGUGGUGGUCCUCAGCGGGGACAAGGUCUACCUGUCGCAGUGCCAGAAUGCCAUCAAUGCCGAAACCCUGGAGGAGGUGUGGAAUGAAUCCAGCGACAAUGUGGCCAUGACAUCGUGCUACUUCAUCAGGCACACCUCGGACCAGGUGGAUGCGGUGGACUGCAUCAAUGGCUCCACUUUGGAGACCAACAUGCUCAGCGAUCUGACGAACUUCACAUAUCUGAGCCACCUGCAUGUGUCGGUGGCCACUCCAGUGCCGGAGAUAGCACCCCCCGAUGUGGACCUAACCAUUUCCAACGAGUCCAAGCUGAUGAUCAACCUGGAGGGGUGUGUGAACACCCUGAUGGACGAGUGCAAGGAGUUCCUGAAGGACUUCGGGCGCGAUGGCAGCGAUCACAAUGCCCGGGCCCGCUUCCCGUGCUUCUAUUCGCCCGGAAAGAAGGACGUGGUGGUGGCCCGCUUCGACCUGGAGGUCACCUAUCGCCAGUUUGUGUUCGCCUCGGUGGUGCCAUCGGUUCUGUUCGUGGUCUCGUGCUCCAUCCUGAUCAUGUGCCAGACCACCGUCUACGUGGGCGACGAUGCCAAGAUGCGGUUCAAGGGAUGUGUGGACACGGAGACGGUCCUGAACAAGAACAACGUGGGCGCACCCACCAAUGGCGACAUGGGCGGGGGCGGCGGCGAUGAGGUUAUGGCCCUAUGAGAUCCGUCACGCAUUCCUCUGCUCCAGGAAGACAGUCCGACACACCAGACGGGAGUCUUCGCUUUGCAAUAAUUGGAGUUGGGCACCAGCUGAAGUCAGGAACACAAUCGAGCAACUUGAAAUUCUUUGUAAUCCUUCCAUCGAACUUUUGACACUCCGACACCCCAACACACAGAAAGACACAGAGACCACACCUCAGAGGCUUGCAAGGACACUACUGAGCUAACCAGG